GGACUUUACAUGUACAUGAAGAGGAAGCACAACACAAAUACAGAAAAUGAACAGCCAAGUAUUGGAAUGAGAAACGCCAUCAUAGCUUUUCACACUUCCAGUGUUCACAUCCUCUCAGCACAGUGCACAGAAAUGGACCACAAUGCUCAAGGAGGUAAAGCCUAUGGUCUUCUCAAGUCUCAACAGGAAGAAAGACUGCUGUCUAUAAAUGAGACUUAUCUGUCAGACCCCCAGCAUGCUGAAGAGGAAGACCUUAGCUCAAAGCUUGAAAUGUUUAAAAAGAAGUACAUGGAGUUUGAUCUAAACGACCAAGGAGAAAUAGCUUUAAUGGGGUUAAAACAAAUGCUGGAAAAACUUGGAUUGGCCAAGACUCACCUAGAGCUGAAAAAGAUGAUGUCAGAGGUGGUUGGAGAUACAUCUAAAGAAACGAUAAGCUACAACGACUUCCUGAAUAUGAUGCUUGGGAAAAAAAAUGCAAUUCUCAAACUGAUCUUGAUGUUUGAAGGCAUGGGAAAGGAACAGGACAAGAAAGAUGUUGCACCGCCUUCUCGCAAAACCUUUGCAGACCUGCCAUGAUGGAGUUCUCCAUCAAGUAUUUUUAUAUUAAAACAUAACCCAGGAUUAAAUGCUGCAAAAUGCAUGUCAAUAGAAAGGACAACAUCAAACAAAUUGUUGAAAUGUGCAAAUGUUUUUUUAUAAAGUAUUCAAAUCUACCAGAUUAAAACAUAACCUAGAUCUAAAUGCUUUAAAAUGCAUGUCAAAA